AUGGCAUCCUCAGACAGCUCCUCCGGCGGAGCUCCCCCGGGCUCAGUCAACCUCGCCUCUCUCUCCGUCCCCCAACUGCGAUCCCUUCAGACUCGCCUCACCUCUGAGCUGGAACACCUGACUACCUCACACGCGAAGCUGCGCGCGGCGCAGGCCAGGUUCCGGGAUUGCGUGAACUCGAUCAACGACGGCGUGACUGGCUCUGCAAAGAAGGGCACGGAUGGCCGCGACGAGAUUCUGGUCCCUCUGACCAGCUCGCUGUAUGUCAAGGGCCGUUUGACAGAUCGGAAGAAGGUGCUUGUUGAUGUUGGAACUGGUUUCUAUGUCGAGAAGACUCCCGAGAAGGCGAUCGCUUUCUACGACGACAAGGUGAAGGGCCUUGAGGCCAAUCUGCAGGAGCUGGAGAAAAUUGUACAGGGCAAGAGCCAGCAGUUGCGAGUUACCGAGGAGGUUCUUCGUCAAAAGAUGCUCAGCGGCGAAGCUGUGCCCGCGCAGACUGCUGGUGCGGCUGCGGGAUAA